AUGCGCAACUGGAAUGAAAUAUUCCAGAUGAAAGAUCUAUCACGCAAUGUUCAGACGCACAGGAAGGCGCCUCGGUUCAUGAUGGAGUUGUACGAUGCUGUUACGGACUCGAACGGAACGCUGAAAAACACGGAGGUGCUGGAAGGAAAUAUUGUCAGAAGUUUCGAAGGUGCGGUUUUGUUUUCUGAUGCAGGACAGUCCAGCGGCUCAUAUCACUUCUUCAAUCUGACAUCAUUCAGACAGAACGAGCGCGUGAUCAAAGCAGAAUUCCGAUGGUUUCGUCAUAAACAGCCUUUCAUUGGACGUCAUCAUUUUUACAAGGUUGACCUGUAUGAAGUGCUGGACAGCAGACCUAAGCCUUGGCGAGGAAAUUUGAUAAGCUCAAGAUUAUUACCCGUCUACACCAAAGGAUGGGAGGUUUUUAACAUCACACAAAUGGUGACUAAAUGGAUUCUUAACAGCGGUACAAAUAAUGGUAUCCUGGUCGUGACUGCUUUACCUUCAGGUAACUGGUUUGAGUCCAGCAUUCGGAUGGAGAGGCAGUCAGACGAAACAAAUGCAUAUUUGGUUAUAUAUUCAGAUGACGGACGAAAGCACUACCAGCACCCGCCUUUCUACACAGGACAAGAUAUCACCACAUCACCUAUACUCCUCGAGCCUAUAGCAAGUUUAGCGACGUCAACAACGCGUAACCGCAGGAGCGUGCGCACCUUAACUUCUACAUGCCAGAGAACAAACCUCUACGUAGACUUCACUAAAAUUGGCUGGUCAGGGUGGAUAAUAUCUCCCAGAGGUUAUAACGCAUAUAGCUGCAUGGGCUCCUGUCCAUUUCCGCUGGGUGAAAGUCUACGGGCUACGAAUCACGCUACCGUGAGAUCUAUCAUGAACGCGCUGAAACUAUCGCAGGAGGCGGGGAAACCCUGCUGCGUACCUGAUGUGCUUCACCCAAUCAGUCUCCUGUACUUCGACGACGAGGAAAAUGUUGUUUUGAAACAAUAUGACGACAUGGUGGCCGGCAGUUGUGGCUGCCAUUAA